AUGGAGCAACACAUUGAUGCUAUGGUGGUUGGGGCAGGUUUCAGCGGUAUAUACCAGUUAUACAAGCUCCGUGAGCUUGGUCUCUCGGUAAAAGCUGUCGAGGCUGCUCCCGAAGUUGGAGGUACAUGGUACUGGAACAGAUAUCCAGGUGCAACGAGCGAUACGCAUAGCGAAGUGUUUCGCUAUAGUUGGGAUAAGGAAGAUUUACUCACAUAUCCUUGGACAACUCGAUAUCUACCCCAGGCCGAAAUUAAAGGAUACUUGAAGCACGUGGUUCAACGCCAUGAUCUGGAGCAGUAUAUCCAACUGAAUACUCGCAUGGAAUCGGCGCAUUAUCUCGACAACAGCUGGCAAAUACGACUAUCCACUGGCGAAACAUUCCGAGCAAGAUAUCUCAUCACGGCUCUAGGCGCUUUAUCGAAGACUUAUUUCCCUCAGAUUCCUGGUCUUGACACCUUUACCGGCGAAAUGUACCAUACGGGAAACUGGCCGGAUACCCAUGACUUUUCGAACAAACGCGUUGGAGUCAUCGGAAACGGUUCUACCGGUGUCCAGCUCAUCAUAACGCUUGCUAAUCAAGCCAAGCAACUGGUUUCAUUCCAACGGCACCCACAACACGUGGUUCCAAACGGUGAUGGCCAAGUUACGGCAGAAGAUCGGAAACGCAUAAAUGAGAACUAUGAUAAAAUAUGGAAAAAUUUCAAGACAAACAUCUCCGGACAUGCUAUUACAGAGUCAUCAAUCCCGGCCAUGAGCGUCACCGCCGAGGAGCGCGAGCGCGUAUUUGAGCAAGUCUGGCAGACUGGCAACGGAAUCAAGUUCCUCUUCGGUACUUUUGGAGAUGUCGCCAUAAGUGAAGAAGCGAACAAAGAAGCGGCAGACUUCAUUCGCAGAAAGAUUAAGCACAUUGUCAAAGACCCCGUCAAGGCCCGCACUUUAACUCCGCCCGGUGGAUUCAACCGCCGCCCAGUCACAGCCAACGGCUACUACGAGACUUUUAACAAAGAAAAUGUCGACGUUGUGGAUGUGCUAAAUACGCCUAUGGAAAUCAUUCCAAAUGGUAUUAAGCUCUCGGAUGGUACAGUGUACAAUCUGGAUGUUAUUGUAUUUGCUACGGGCUUUGACGCUGUUGAUGGCAUGUACCAUGAGAUUUCGAUAGUCGGACAGAACGGCCGGACGCUAGAAGAUCACUGGGCCGAUGGAGCGAAAGCAUAUCUAGCCACUACGAUGAAUGAGUUUCCAAAUAUGUUUGUGGUUAACGGGCCUCAAGGCCCAUUGACUAACGUACCACCUCUCAUCGAAACCCAGGUGGACUUCAUUACAGGUAUCAUUGCUACUGCAGAAGCAAGCAGGGGAAAAAUGGCAACUGAAUCUCGAAACGGACAUAAGCAGCUAGGGCUAAUAAUCGAAGUUACACAAGAAGCUGAGGAUGGAUGGCUAGCAAAAACUAAUGAGAUCGGCGCAAUGACUGUGUUUGCCAAAGGAGGGUCAUGGCUCACUGGAGCUAACGUCGAUGGCAAGAAGCAGGCAUUUCUAUACUACAUGGGAGGGGUAGGCAAUUAUAACAAGGUUGUUCAGGCUGAAAUAGACGCAGGUUAUCCUAGCUUCAACAGAUUCUACUGAUAUUACGAGCAGGAAGAAUGGGGCAAUAUGCUUAGAAGACAAGGCUAGGAGCUACAGCUGUUGUACCGG